AUGCCUACAACGAUAAACCACACAGCCUACCCGCUCCUCAUCGACACCGUCAUCGACUUGGCGCCCAUCGGCUCCCUCCUCGCACUCAGACGCACCUCAAAAGCCUUCUGCACGCGUAUCGAUAAGCGGCUGUUCAAGCAUGCCACGCUUGUCCAGCCAGAGGGCCAUGCGUGGAUGUACGUCGUCUUCCCUAGCGUGCCGGCAACUGCCCCGUGUCAUCUGUACGACUUGCCCUUUGCGUGCCAGGCGAUCGAGGUACUCGACGUCGACAGGACCAACUUCCCGCUCGUGCCGAUAGCGUACCACUCCAUCAACCCGCUCGAGACGCUGGUCAACCUCAAGACUGUGCGGCGGAUAGGAUGGGACCGCCGUCCGUCGCGCUUGCGGCACGCGGGUAACCUCGACACGAUAGUCGACUAUGUUGACCUCGACGAAGCGACGGAGGAGAUUGUCUUCCACCUCGUUCCAGGGCAGGAGCGGCAUAUCGCCCACAUACAUUGUACGACGGACGAGCUACCCACGAUCGAGGUCUCGAUGGGCCUCGUCGGCCCCGCGACGGCGCGGCUGCGCGAGUUUGCGAUUGUCAUCUGGUCGCCGGCGGACGAACCGCCGCCCGACUCUGAUAUGGGCGACGAGCCGUUCCUCUGGGAACUGGUGCACGAGCUUGUCCCUUUCCUCAUGUCAGGCGGUGUCCUCAAGAUUGUCGGGCUCGAGACAGUCCACCCCCGCCGCCUGUACCCCGAGCCCAAGGUGCUCGUGCCUGGCGUCCAGCAUGUCGAGGAGUGGGCGCGAUGA